UCGUGUCUCCAACAACUUCACAACACAAGACACACGCAGCGAGAGACACCGGCGGAGGACGUGAGCUGGUUUUAAGGCAUUCUCCCAGUCAGACCAGUUAAGGAUGUGGAGCGUCACUCGCGCUGCCAGAGCUCGCUGAAACUUUUGUCGGUAAACAGCGCAGAGAGGAGCAGAGGAGCCGCAGCUUGUGUGUCGGUCACCGGAGACGAUGGGAGACUCUCAUUAGAUCCAGUACGGCUCGGAAACACGAUGGCUGUGGACGCGGCAUCCAGUUUCAGUUUCUGCAGGCCAGCUGUGGAGUACAGGGCUCUGCCUGAAGACUUCAAGCACCAGCUGAGCCGACGGACAGGUGGGAAUCUAACCUGGCACGACGGCCGCGGGCAGAAAACCGCGGGAGGCAGGACAGUGAAGCUGCUGCAGCAGCCGGGCACAGAGGCCCUGCAGUACCGUUCCAGUGAUAAUUAUGGGAUAUAUCACACAAGCCCAACACAGCCCAGUCUGAUCCGCCCCGUCGUGCUCUGGUCGCAGCAAGAUGUUUGUAAAUGGCUGAAGAAACACUGUCCGCACAACUACCUAACCUACGUGGAGGCGUUCUCCCAGCACGCCAUCACAGGCCGCGCGUUGUUGCGUCUGAACGGGGAGAAGCUGGAGAGGAUGGGACUGGUGCAAGAAACGCUGCGGCAGGAGCUGCUGCAACAGGUGCUGCAGCUCCAGGUGCAGGAGGAGGGACGCAACCUGCAGCUGCUCAGCAGAGGUUCCUUUGGAAGAAUAUCGUAGCCAGCUUGCUGGAAGAAGUGGAUCCUGUGGAAUUAUGGGAUAUUUACCCAAAUAAACUCAAAUGUGAAUCAGAUCUGUGGGAUAAAUCCAUCCAGCUAGCAGCGAUAUCCAGAGUUAUGUCGUUGAGAGGAAGUUGGCAGCUUUUCAUUCUGCACGAUGAACAAACAUAAUCUCUACAAACGGACUGUGAACUGUGACGAAAAAGCACCGAGACAAUCCGUCAAUUCAUGGCUCUGUUCUGUGAUUAAUUAUCAUCAUCUGUUUCUCUUUUACUUUCUCUACCUCUUUCUC